AUGGGUUGUAUUCUGUCAGAAGCAGUAACAUGGAUUAUGCUUGGAUCGAAAGGCAUCAAGCAAUUUCGUAGACUUCGUUCUCGAGCUCAUGUUAUGAGUCCUACCCGUUCAAGUAGCAUUAUAGGGGGAUUGACGCCGUCUUCUCUGGUCGGACAUAUGUUUCACGAUGGCGAGAAGGUCUCAAGGCUUGUCAUAUUGUGGCACCAGCACCUUCGUGGCAUCAUGCAAGUAUGCGAUACAGUUACAAUCCGUAUUCUUGAUAUUGUUGAUAUGAGUCUGCUAGUAGACAUGAAGUCAAGAAUCAGUGCUCAGGAGCUACUGAAACGCAUGGAUCAUGCGAUUGGAGAGCCAGAACAUGACGACGAUGUUACCCUUGGCGCAUACGACGAGCUAGAAUCUCUUUUGGAAGAGGACCAGAGCGAAAAUAGUGAUACUGAGGAAUUUAUAGUCAUCGAUAUCGAAUAG